AUGGCGCAGUUCUUGAGAGGCAAACAAGCUGGAAUCCAGCACGACUUUUCGCAAGGUCUGGUUGCAGAAUUCUUCAAGAUUGACGAGUUUGAACGAUGUGGUGUGAAUUCGAAGAUAAGCGUCAUCGCGUACGAUCCAGUUCAAUCCCUUCUUGCUGUCGGCACCAACGAUACCCCAUAUGGCAGUGGCCAGAUCUAUGUCUUUGGACAGCGUCGAGUGCUGGCCACCUUUCAAUUCCCGCGGAAAUCCUCGGCCAAGUUCCUCCAAUUCUGUGCCGACAAGCUCAUCAGCGUCGACUCCAAAAACGAAAUCAGCAUCUACUCCCUCGAGACCAAACGGCUGGUGACCUCUUAUGCACCCCCGGGCCAGGCCACUGCACUUGCGACGGACCCAAGCCUUGACUACGCAUUUAUCGGUCUUUCGAACGGCGAGGUUGUCGCAUACGAUCUCGACCGAGAGUCCUUGACCGCAUAUAAAAUCCCAAAUCUUUGGCUGGAAGUGAACCCCCGAGCCCGACUUUCUCCAGUCGUGUCGCUCGCGUUCUCUACGCGUGACAUUGGCAAAAUCCUCAUCGGAUACUCAGAAGGAGCUGUGACCUUUUCCUUUAAACAAAAUGUCGCGCAGAAGUACUUCAUUUACGAGGUGCCUUCAGGUGCCCCAGGUGGAGACCCCGAAGCACCUGCUAUCGGAGUACGCAAGCCCAGGAUGACCGAAGCCGUUUGGCAUCCAAAUGGACACUUUGUUUUGACUGUUCAUGAGGACACCAGCUUGGUUCUUUGGGAUUCAAAGGAUGGCCGCAAGCUCCAUGCCCGUACGCUCCAAGCCACGAAUGUGGACCAGCCGGGUGGCUCGAGGCCAGCUGGACCAGAUAGCCAAACUACAGGCCCCAAAGAAGCUAUUGUAAAAGUAGCAUGGUGUGCGAAGGAUAACCCCGACGACACUGGCCUGCUUGUUGCUGGUGGCCGGCAUGUGGGCGAACCAAACAAGGGCCUCACUUUCCUGGACAUGGGCCCGACUCCGAACUAUCAGACAUCUUCCUGGCAGGUAAUCAACUUCUGUGCCAUUCCUCGCUCUUCUCCUUAUUUUGCUGGUGUACACGAUCCGAUUGCGUUGCUCACUGUACUUUCGUCUGGAGAGUUGGUUACGAUGAGCUUCCCCAGCGGACAUGCCAUUACGCCAACCAACAUGCUACACCCAUAUCUGUCCUUUGUCCACCCUUUCGUGAACAAGGCCACUCUUACGCCAGUCGAUCGUACUGUCUGGCUCGGGCUGAGGGAACGCAGAAUGCAAGGGCCUAAGUUUGUACUCGGAGGCGCAGAAGCCAAGAAUCCCCUCAAGCGCUUCGAAAAGCGAAACGUCAUUACCACCGCACACGCAGAUGGGACGGUUCGUCUCUGGGAUGCUGGCCAUGAUGAUGAGAUUGAGAAUGGCGAUGCUGUUCAGAUCGAUUUGGCUAGAGCUGUUGGCCGAGUCCGAAACAUCGAAGUUGCUGAAAUAUCACUGUCGGGUGGGGCGAAUGAACUCUCUCUUGGCCUUCGAACUGGAGAGCUAGUCGUUUUUAGAUGGGGCAACAGCGCUUCUCAGGGACACGAGGAAGCCGUCGGUACAAACCAACCCGGGAAAUUGACUUCUAUCGGCCACCGAACGGACCCAGGCUUGAAGACAGGAUUCAUUCCCUUGACCCUUCUAGAUAUGCAACAAGGACCGGUAACCGCUUUGAAGCAUAGCCAAGUAGGCUUUGUGGCCGCUGGGUUCGAGGGUGGCAGUCUGGCAAUUAUCGACCUACGCGGCCCUGCGAUUAUUCACACUGCACACUCAUCUGAAUUUUCAAAGGCACUCAAACGCAGUAGCUUCGUGCGAAAGAAGAGUGGAGCAGAGGAUGUUCCACCAGAAUGGCCUACGUGCAUUGAAUUUGGUGUGAUGACCUUGGAGGGUGAGGACUACUCAAGCAUCUGCUGCUUUGUUGGCACAAAUCGAGGAAAUGUGGCAACAUUCAAGAUUCUCCCAACCUCUAAUGGUGCCUACACGGCUGCCUUUGCUGGUGUCUCUAACAUGGAGGAUAAGGUCACUAACCUCAUUCCAAUUGACGCUGACUCUGGUGAAAGUGCUCUCGCCACGCCAAACUCAGUCGGCGGGUUGAGAAAUGGUACCAAGCUCAACGGUGUUCUCAUUGCAGUUUCGCCUUCUUGUUGCCGGAUCUUCAAGCCUGCGACAUCUAAGGGUGCACACAAGACAUGGGACGACUAUUUUGUUGACUCCUCAGCGGUCGUGAGAACCGAGGGUCCUGCAUACAGUCUCGUCUGUCUUUGCGGCGAUGGGAAUGCCCGCGCGUUCUCUAUUCCUGCUCUGAAAGAAAUUGGCUGCAGCAAGAUUAAUCACAUUGCUGAUAUGAGGCGACUCUCUGAGGCACAUAUCACGCCCACUGGGAGUGUGAUGGUGAUACCUCCUCGACCAAGUAUUACCAACCUGCAAUGGAUUUCGGGAACUCAAUAUAUUUCCCCACAAGAUAUGGACAUUUUGAUUGGCGGACCUGACCGCCCACCAUCGAAGCGUAUGGUUGAACAAAUGAGACAUGACGAGCAAGAGCGCCGACAAGCACUCCGAGAAGGCCGUGCGCCACCUCCAGGACCGAGCGAUGAGGAAGGCUACUGGUCAUCCAUGACGCGUGGUAUCCAGCAGCGCACCGAACGACUCGGGAUCGCGGGUGAUACCAUGGAGCGUUUAGAGGAAAAUAGCAGUAGCUUUGCCAAUGACGUGGGCAAGUACGUACAGAACCAGAAGAGGAAAGCUGUUUUUGGUGCGCUGGGAUCCAAGUUCGGAUUCUAA